AUGCAAAUCAAGAUUGCUAUUCUUUCCUUUUUGGUCGCCGGCGCCGCGGCACGGACCCCAUUCCCUCAAACAAGUAGAACCACAUCUACCACCAGAUACCCUGGCCGUUGUAGUCCAGCAACAAUCACCAAAAUCGUCUCCCGAAAGUGUCCUAUCUCCCACAUCACAAAGACCGUGACCCAAACCACAACAGUCACCAAAGUAGUUGACCCGGCCCCCCAAACGGAAGAAGUAGAAGAAGAAGAACCCCCCACCCCUUCUACUACUAGCACUACCAAAAUAGGCGCGCAGACCCCAGAACUCCCCAAAUGUCCUCCAUCAACAACAGUUCGUGCUUUCCGUACUUGUCUACAAAACGCACCCCCUUGCCCAACAGAGAGGAGGUGUACCAAUAUGAAGUUUAACUUGAAACAUGAUUGUGCUUGUAUUGGGGCAGCGAAACAAGUUACUACUACGGUUUUUAAUACUGUAUGUAAAGGGGAUUGUGGGUGUACUCCUACAAUUGCGUGGACUGCUAAGGGUCCUUGCGUUACGGCACCGGCUCCAAAGGGUGAGAAGCCCGGUGGGAAGGGAGGGGAAGAAGAGGUUGGGGAGACAGUUGAACCGCCACAAGAAGAGGAGAUUGAUGAUGCUGAGGGCGGAUAUUAA